AUGUUGCUACGACUUGCUCUCAACCUAUGCUUCGCUAUUGGCGCAAAAGGCCACUUACAUCUAGGACGCACCGCAAAUGUAAUUGAAGUUAGCCAGUUAAGUAACGGAACAGUGUACGAUUUCAUUGUUGCGGGUGGUGGAAUCGCAGGGCUGACAGUCGCCGAUCGAUUGACUGAGAAUCCCAAUGUGACGGUUCUUGUCAUCGAAUAUGGACCUUUCGAUAAAAGAGAAGACGCUGUCAUGGUUCCAGGCGCUUAUUUCCCCGUACCUUAUCUCUGGCUACCGUUAAUGACUACCCCUCAACUAGCGCUUGGAGGCACAUCAUAUGGCGUACCGUGUGGAAGGGUAGUUGGUGGAGGUUCUGUUGUUAAUGCCAUGUUCUUCCACAGAUCGGACGCGAAGUUGUAUGAUGCUUGGGAGGAGCUCGGUGCGACAGGAUGGUCUUGGACGGAUCUACUCCCAUACUUCAAGAAGAGCGAGACUUUUAACCCACCAAAUGCGGAGUAUGCAGCCCAGCACAACAUUACGUGGGACGAGUCGUUGCAUGGUUUUGAUGGACCUGUACAGGCGAGCUAUGCGCCAUAUGACUACGCUGGAAGCGAAAAUUUCUACAACGGUGUCGUUAGUCUCGGUAUUCAACCAGCGAAGGACCCCAACAACGGUCAUGCUCAGGGCAUUUUCCGUCUUCUACGUUCUGUCAACCCAAAAACGCAAACACGCUCAUCAGCCCGCGUUCGUUACGACCGAGAUGCGUCAAGGCCUAAUUACCACAUCCUUCCUAGUACAGCUGUGUCACGCGUUCUUUUCGAAGGUACUACUGCGACCGGUGUCGAAUACGUGGCCACCUCAAAUGGAAGUAAGAGCACCGUUCAAGCCAGUAAGGAGGUUAUAGUAGCUGCAGGAAGUGUCCACACACCUCAGAUCCUACAGUUGUCUGGCUUAGGCGACGCGGCACAGCUCAAAACUCUCGACAUAAAGACCGUCUCGGACCUGCAAGGCGUAGGCCAGAACCUGCAAGACCAUCUCGUGCUGAAAGUGAACUAUAAUUAUACGUCAAACCACUUCCCUAAUGGCGGCUCUCUCCAGUCAAACACUACCUACGCCAACGAACAGCGCAAACUAUACGACGGCGGCAACCCCAGCGCUUACGACCUCACCGGCACAACAGGGAACCUGAUCGUCCAGCUCCCCCUCUCAAAUUGGACAACUCGUUCCACCUCCAUCGCCACACUCGCUAGACGUUUCGAUCCCGCCGCACUCCUCGGCGCCAGUUCCCCGGAAAGCGUACUCCGCGGCCUGGAAAAGCAACGCUCCAUCAUGAUCCGCGACAUAAACCGCGAAGCCGUUGGCGGGUUAUCCUGGAACACGGGACCGGAGACCAGUAUUUAUAUGACACGCCCGUUCAGUCGCGGGUCUGUCAAAAUAAACUCGACUAGUAUCUUUGACGCACCACUGAUUGACUUCGGCGCUCUAACAGAUGCCACGGAUUUAGACAUCCUAUACGCUAUCUACAUGAAGAAUCGCGAUAUCAUGUCGACGCCUGACAUAGCUGUCCUCGGACCCAUUGAAGUUACUCCCGCGCCAGGCCUCGAAGAUGAAGUGGCGAUCAAGGAGGAGCUCAUAAGAGCGCUGGCGCCAAGUAAUGCACACCAGUGCUGCACAGCUGCGAUGAUGGCGCAAGAAGACGGCGGUGUAGUUGACGCCCAAAACAGGGUGUAUGGGACAGACCGGCUAAGUGUUGUGGAUGCCAGUGUGUGGCCGCUUAUUGUGAGUGGAGGACCGCAGGCCAGCGUUUAUGCUGGGGCUGAGAAGGCUGCAGACCUGGUUAAAAACCGGUAUGGAUUACUGUAA